UGCCUCAUUUGAAAAGGCCCGAUUUUGGGAAACUCUGCGUGGAAUAAAGCCACAGGGUUGUGCAAAAAAAAAGUCUUGGACUCCGUUCUCGUGGUUUGAUCAGUGGUCAUCUCUCUUCUCAUUCAUUUCAAGAUGGGUUGGCAAUUUCUGACGCUGGUUGGGCUGCGAUCGCUCGUUUUCUUGGUAACUAGUGGUGCCCUUGGAUGCCAUAUUGCCAACAUUAUCCUUUUUACCACUUAUGCCAAGAGUAUCUCUUUGCCUGCUUGGUCGACGCACUUGGAAUACAUUUUCUAUCUGAUCGCUCUAGGUUUAUCAUUCAUUUGCUCGCUAGCGCUACUCAUAACAUUCGCAUUCAGCUUAAACUCACUUCGCGCCGAUAAAUACGUUAGUAUCGUCAACACGAUUGUCAUAGCAGGAUUUUUGAUUUACAAUACCAUCAAAAUGGGAAGCGACUACGAACCUUGGGUGAAUAACACCCUCGCUUUCAAAAAGACGCCAAACCCAGGCUUCAUGACAUAUUGUUCGGCCUUUCAAAGCUCUGAUGUUCCCAUGGGCUCUAAUCUAUUUCUACGCUGCUGGUUGAUCAAUGGAUUAUGGCUUGGAAUGAUUGUAUCAUGUGUAGCAUGGGUCGCUCUCGGAAUCUUUGCGUGGACACAGCACAAAUCAGAAGUAUUUGACAACGACGACGAUUACCACUAUAAAUCAGAUGUACCACUUGUUCCUGUGCAGUCACCCUCUAUCUCGUACAGCAACGCUCAAGCAUACAGUCGUGAUGACCCCUAUGACCGUGGUUUGACAACUUCUCCUGCUGCAAAAGCCGCUGCAACAUAUGGAUACAAUAACAAUAAAUCAUACGACAACUACAACCAAUCUGCAGCACCAAAGUAUUCAGAUUACAACGCUGCGAAGCCAUCUACCCCAGCUCAAGGCUACGGUUAUGUUGAAAACUACGUGCCGUACCGUCGUCAGGAUGAUGUUUCACCUGGGGCUCAGACUCAAUCCUCUAAAUUCCAAGACGAUGACACUGAUGAUUACUAUGGUACUUCUACACCUGAACUCUCGCCCAAGCGUUAUCAGUCUCCGCAUACAGCCAAUGCCUAUGGCGGAAGUUCACCAGGUUAUCAGAAUGCUUACGGCGGUUAUCAGAACUCAUCCUAUGAUUACCGUAACAACAAUCGUUACCCAAGGAACAACUCGUAUGAAUAAUUUAGCGUAGCUUGUACUGGAAGGCACUGGCCCUUUAUGCCCAAGAGAAAAAAAAAUUAACCCCCGUGUGCAACAAGGCGUUUGGUACUUAUUGCCAAACAUGGCCACUGUAGAACUUUGUACUUUGUAGUAUAAUUAAUACCAAAGCUAAGAAUAAUAAAGAAGAUUUUGAUAAUCACUAUUUUAAACGACGAA